AAUGAGUCAAGAAUCGACCCACGGUCAGUACGUUCCGGAGCCGGAGCACGUGAGCGUGCACACGGUGAACACCGAGGGUUCGAGUUUCACGCCUCCGGGUGACGGAGGGCAACAGCAGAAUCAACCUGAGCCAGCGGGACAGCCACCAGCUGUACCACCGCCAGUCGUACCACCUCCAGUGAUGCCACCGUUGGCGUUACCGCCGGUGGCCUACGAGCAGAUGUUCCCGGCCAUGAUGGCCCAUUAUAUGCAGCACAUGGCGCAGCUUAUGCCCAUGUUCCAGCCACCGCCACCACCACAGCCUCAGCCGCACAUCGUUACCUUCAAGACGUUGAAGGAUAAUGGAGCGGAAGAGUUUCGAGGAGACAAGAUGGGGGAGCCCCAGAUUGCAUUGGAUUGGCUUGAGCAGAUGGACCGGGUACUCAAGAAUUUGAGAGUCCCAGAUGCUGAUCGCUCGGAGUUGGCGUCACAGAUGUUCCGGAAGGGAGCAUAUGAUUGGUGGAAGCGCAUUGACCAGGAUCCACACACGCCCAAGCCGUGGACCUGGGAUCGCUUCGAUCGAGCCUUCACGAAGGAGUACGUCCCCACCCGGUACCCCAAGGAGAGGCGCGAUGAAUUCGUUGCGCUUAAGCAGGAGGGGAUGUCACUGCCUGAACUGAGACAGAGGUUUGACUACCUGUCCCAGUAUGCGACGAGUCUGGUCUCCACUCCGGAGGAUCGUUUGAAUGAGUUCGUCAAGAAGCUACGGCCGGACUUGAGGCCGUACGCCGCGCUGAUCACGACGACAAAUUUUAAUGCGGCGUAUGAUUUGAUUGUGAAGACAGAAAAGAGCUUGGACGAUUUGCAGGCAACCAAGAAGGAGGAUCGAGCGAUGAAAGACCCGCGACCCGCGGCCAGCACCGGGUCGAGCGGGAAGAGUUUUGGAUUCGGGGGAAAGAGGAGGCAUUGCCCGACAAACCCUAGCAGCGAGCCUGUUUUACCUAGAGCUCUGGAUCAGCCUGCCGCAUCACAUCCAGCACGGAGUCAGCAGUCUACGGCCGCAAAUAAUCAGCAGAGACCACGUCCGCAGCAGUCAGUCCGGGCACCAGCGCGUACCUACGCCAUGCAUGGGCGCACAGAUCCUAGCCCCGAUGUUAUCUUGGGUAUGUUCGUACUAUUUGAUUCGGUUAUGCAUGCCUUGAUCGAUCCGGGUUCUACGUUCUCCUAUAUCUGUGUUGGCAUGCCUGCUAAUUCUGCGAUUGUGAGGAGUGACCUUGAGAUACCUACCGUUGUAUCGAAUCCGCUAGGACAUAGCAUGCGUCUUCAUCACAUCUAUCAUAGGUGUCCGUUGUCCGUGCAAGGGAAUCUAUUCCCUGCAGAUUUGAUAGAGCUACCACACAAGGAGUUUGACAUUAUCCUUGGUAUGGAUUGGCUCACCGAGCAUAGAGCAGUGGUCGACUGCAGUUGUCGGACCGUACGGCUGAGAGCCGAGGACGGUAGCGACGUAUCACUCUCCGGGGAAGUGUUCCCCAAGACUCCCGAGUUCAUAUCGUCCUUGAGCGCGAGGCGCUUGAUUCGCAAGAAGUGCGAGAUGUUCCUGUGUCACGUUCAGGAUAUGCGAAAAGAAUCNNGACAUUCGUACGGUUUGCGACUUCCCCGAUGUCUUUCCCGAAGACCUACCUGGUUUGCCUCCGCCGAGAGAGGUAGAGUUCUCGAUCAAUCUCAUUCCGGCAGCCAGCGCCGGUCGUCCUCUACCGUUCGACCACGCCGGUGUCGCGCAAGCCAGAGCCUUGCCGGAAGCCAGUCGCUGCCCAUCCUUCGCCGGAAGUCCGUCGCCUCCACUGCCUGCGCCGGUCGCUCAUCGCCGCCGUCGAUUGCAGCGCCGCCGAGUUGCAGCGCCGCCACUGCUUCCUUUGCUAGUAGCCGCCGCUCAGCAUCGCCGAGCCUCCAGCCGCCGUCGCCGAGCUUCCAGCCGCUGCUUCGCCUUCGCCGGAAUCGAGCGCCGCCGUCGCCCUUUGCACAGCGGCCAUCCGCCGCCGUCGAGUGCAGCGCCGCCGUCGAGUGCAGCGCCGCCAGUCGCUGCUCACCGCCGUCAAGCUGCCGCUACGCCACUGUCGCCGGCGUCCGUCACCGUCGCCGCAUCCGGCCGCUGCCCCGAGUUGAUAUCGCCGGCAGAUUAACCUCCACGCCGGAUUGAUUGGUCGAUUUCGUAUUUUUACUCGAUUUGACCCGUUUGGUUGAUUUCGUUGAUUUGUCUUCCGUUCGAGCUAUCGAUUCGAUUUUGGCGUAAUCCAGGUCCGUACUAUGAAGUUACCAGCAUUCAGAAUAGAUUUAAUGGUUUGGA